AUGAGGAUAUUCCCAGAUCCUUACGUGAGCUGCGAGGACUGGUGGUUUGCUGUUAUUGCUGAGCAGGCCAUUGCCGAGGAGACCUUUGCCAAGUCCUUCCCCACCAAGGAGACCAUUGCCAAGGCCUUUCCCACCAAGGACCCCUGUGCCAAGUCCUUCCCCACCAAGGAGACCAUUGCCAAGUCCUUUCCCACUAAGAAGACCAUUGCCAAGAGACCAUUGCCAAGUCCUUUCCCACUAAGAAGACCAUUGCCAAGUCCUUCCCCACCAAGGAGACCAUUGCCAAGUCCUUUCCCACUAAGAAGACCAUUGCCAAGUCCUUCCCCACCAAGGAGACCAUUGCCAAGUCCUUUCCCACUAAGAAGACCAUUGCCAAGUCCUUCCCCACCAAGGAGACCAUUGCCAAGGCCUUUCCCACCAAGGACCCCUGUGCCAAUUCCUUCUCCACCAACAACGCCUGAGACCAGUGCCAAGCAGUCCACCUUCACCAAGAACACCUGUGCCAAGCAAUCCACCUUUCUCACUAAUGAGACCUUCACUGCUGAGAAGACCAGUACCAAGCAGACCUGCACCAAGGGAGUCCUCAGUUACUAA